ACACUAUAUAAGCAUUAGGGCCAUUCAAUUUCUCAUCCUCGCAUCCCUUUUUGCUUAUUAGCAUAAUAGAAUAUAUUCAGUCACACCCACUGUCUGAUUUGAUUUCCCAAUCCAAAAAGAAAGGAAAUCAUUCAUGGAGCAGCAACAGCCUCACUUCCUUCUCGUGACAUAUCCCUCACAUGGCCACAUCAACCCAGCCCUCCAAUUCGCCAACCGCCUUAUUCACUUAGGAGGAGGAGGAAGAAGAGUGCAUGUCACCUUUGCCAUCACCAUUAGUGCCCACCGUCGCAUGAUCAAAAGCCCUCCUCCUGACGGCUUGUCGUUUGCCACCUUCUCCGAUGGCUACGACGACGGUUUCAAACUCGAGGACAAGAUGCAGGAGUACUUGGAUCAACUCAAGCGCAAUGGCACCAAAGCUCUAACUGAACUCAUUGUGUCCAACGCCAACCAGGGACGUCCCUUCACCUGCUUGGUCUACACCUUGCUUAUACCUUGGGCUGCUGAAGUGGCUCGUGAGCUUCACCUUCCCUCCGCUCUUUUUUGGAUUCAGCCUGCCAUGGUUUUGGACAUUUACUACUACUACUACAAUGGUUUUGCUGAUGUUAUUGGGAACUGCAACAAUGACCCAUCGCAUUCAAUACAGUUACCGGGUCUGCCAUUACUCAAUAGCCGUGAACUACCCUCUUUCAUGCUUGCUUCAAACACUUAUGAUUAUCUUCUCCCAAUAUUUCAAGCCGACCUUGAGGCCCUUGAAAAGUUGAGCAAACCAACAGUUCUAGUGAAUACAUUUGAUGCACUAGAGAUUGAGGCCUUAAAAGCGAUCGAAAAACUUAAUUUGGUUGCAGUUGGUCCUCUAAUUCCAUCUGCUUAUUUGGAUGAAAGAGAUCCAUCGAAUGGAUCCAAGGAUUAUAUGGAAUGGCUCAACUCUAAGCCUGAAUCAUCGGUGAUUUAUGUUUCAUUUGGGAGUAUAUCAGUGUUAACGAAGCAACAAAUGGAGGAAAUUGCACGCGGAUUGUUAGAUUGUGGGCGGCCCUUCUUGUGGGUCAUAAGAGCUAAGGAAAAUGGAGAAGAAGAGAAGUUGAGUUGCAGAAAGGAAUUGGAAGAAAAAGGUAUGAUAGUACCAUGGUGUUCCCAAGUGUAUGUUUUGUCCCACCCUUCAGUGGGAUGCUUUGUGACGCAUUGUGGGUGGAAUUCAACUUUGGAGGGUUUGUUUUCUGGGGUGCCAAUGGUAGCGUUUCCACAAUGGUCAGAUCAAGGGACAAAUGCAAAGUUGAUUGAAGAUGUGUUGAAGACAGGUGUGAAGGUGACAGCAAAUAAUGAUGGGAUUGUAGUAGGUGAUGAAAUUAAGAGGUGCUUGGAAUUGGUCGUGGGAGAUGAAGAGAGAGAGAAAGAAAUGAGAAGGAAUGCCAUGAAAUGGAAGGAGUUGGCUAGGGAGGCUGUCAACCAAGGUGGUUCUUCCUAUAGCAAUCUUAAGGCUUUUGUGGAUGAGUGUUGUGGUUAGAAUAAUACAAACCCAAAACCGAGAUAUAUAUCUCGGUGAGUUUGAGGUUGAUCAUAGGGAAUGACUGAUGUAAAAACCUCUAUUAUUAAGUAAAAACUAAAAGUAGUUAUUUGUU